GUUUUGUUGCUUAUUACUAAUUGUUGGAGUUUCAAAAAGAAAAAAGAAGAAGAAUAGAUUCUUUUAUCUAUGUGCUCUUUUUAUUUUACAUGAUUCUUACACUUAUUGAUUUGAAAUUUUUGAAAUGGAACAGUGUGGGGCAAUGCAUGGUGGUAAUGGGAAUAUUUUUCUCAUCUAUGGGAAUUUUCUGUGGUUGUUGCGAUGUUUGUCUAGUUAUAGGAAAUAUCCUCUUCAUCUUAGGGUUUUGUCUAACCUUUGGAUUGAAGUUCAGCAUCCAAUUUUUCAUGCAACGCCAAAACUUCAAGGGGACCGUUUCAUUUGGUGCUGGAUUCUAUUUUAUCACCAUAGGGUGGCCAAUUUUUGGGGUGAUAUUGGAGGCAUAUGGCUUUAUAAUACUUUUCAGUUUCUUCUGGCCUGCCUUGGCAGUCUUUCCGGAGAAGAUACCUAUUCUUGGCUGGGUAUUCCGACAACCAUUUGUCAGAUUGGGGGCUUGGGAAUCAAUUAGAGCUUCAUUUGGAGGUUCAGUUGGUGAAGGUUGGGAGCUAAGGACAGGACAAAAUGAUGUGGAUGAUUUCUUCAGGAAAAGUUUGAUGUAACAGCAUAUUACAAGAUGUUGUAGGGAUGUGGUGGUUGAUCCCUUGGAGGAGAAUUUGGAGGGAAUUCCUGCUAAGUUGGCAUUUUUCAGUGGACAUCAGAUUUGUGGAAUUACUUUAAAAGAGAUAAUCUUAUUAUCGGAACGUUGGUAAUUGUCUAUUGGUGAGCAAGUAGUAACAAGCAGUGUACGGAAUCUAGACAAGAAAUGGACAAGCAAAUACUUGCUCCCUUGAAAGUGGCUAGUGGACCUUUUUUUUUCUUUAUUUAUUUGUAUUUGGCCCAGUGAAUGUGAUUCAAAUGCUGUGUAGCUGUCAGGGGAGGUUUUGGAUUUUUAGAGAUGGUUUUACGCAGACUCUAAGUAUGCUCUUCCAUAAUUAAUAAUUUUUUUGAAUCCAACCGAAGUUUCAUCUAUUUAAAUCAUUCAUUGUGUAAACAUCAUCCAACUAAGGAUGUGUUUCCAAAUCAUCCAUGACCAAAGCAUGGUUUUCCAAUUAACGGAUGACAUUAUUUGGUUUGAUUCUGAAUAGAAGAUGGACGAGUGAUGGAUGUGCAAAAAAUGCUCCUAAAUUUCUAGAGAAACUUAUUCAUGAAUAUCAAAAUACUCUUAUAAACGUACUAGUAAUUAUUAAUUAUCAUCA